AUGGAAAACGACUCACCAAACUUGUUCGACAGCGAACCAAUGUCGGUAAAGCUGAAUUUUCCUGAAAACACCGCCGACGACAACGACAUCUUGGCCGAGAUGUUAGUAGAAAUACGCGAAGAAGACCGCCGACCACCAGUCGUUGAAAACAUCGCCGAGGCGACGGACAGUGUCGUCGACGAACCACUUGUUGACACGGUCGAGUAUCACACCGACGAUUCGGAUGACGAAGAAGGCCAUACAGCUGCUGAAGAACCACUUGUUGACACUGUCGAGUAUCACACCGACGAUUCGGAUGGCGAAGACGGACCACCGCCGGACGCCGACCCCGACCAGUCGACAGGGUUGCAGAAAGAGGAUUCCCCUGGCGCCAAGACGAAAGAUGUCCACAAGGGAUUGCCGCCUGGCCGCGUGAAGCUGAUCAUGAAAAUGGACCCUGACGUCAAUAUAGUGGCGGGCGAAGCAGUGUUCCUGGUCACUAAGGCAACGGAGCAAUUUGUCGCAAUUUUAGCACAACACAGUCACAAAGCGAUGGUGGCCACAAACAAGAAAACUUUGCAAAAGAAGCACAUAGACGCCGUGAUCGAAGACAAUGUGCCGUUUGAAUUCUUAGAAGGCACAUUAGAUUGGUAA